AGAGAGAGAGAAAGUACGCGUUUUAGAGAUUAGAUUUCAGUCACAUAAACUCCUUUACGUUGUCUCUUUUAUCUUAAAGCUCAAAGUUUCUUAUUAGUCGAGCGCGUUAUGAGUAGGUUUGUGCAUUCUUUGACCGUGACACUCGAUUAAUAAACUGUGUUUUUAUUGAUGCACACCGUUGCAUCCAUCUUGAGGAUUCCAUAAUAUUGAAAGCUAAAGAAUAUUUAAUUGAAGCUAGAUAAGGUGACUAUUAUUUUAAAAAAAUUGUAUAACAAAUAACAUUUCACGAAGCACAAUGACAAAAACACAAUCACUCAAGUCGUUUCCCGUUCAAGAUCUAAGCGGACUAUUGAUGCAGACAUAUGGUUCCGAUUUUCAAAUACAUGACGUGCAAUGGAAACCAUUAACUGAUCCGGGCGAAAACUUCGGCAGUGAGAUAUUAGCUAUCACUAUUCAUGCUGAACAAAAUAAUAAAAAGAAGACGUUAAACGCGGUUAUCAAGCUACCACCGAAAUCAGAUUACUUGCUGGAUUUGUUUGACAGUCCGAUAACUUUUAAAAAAGAAUUAGAUUUCUACCGUAAUGUCACACCUCAUUUUAUAAAGUUGCAAACCGAAUGCGGAAUUUCUCGGGAAAAUCUGAGUAUCAUCACGCCGCAAUUUUUGGGCGGUAGAUUGGGUCUACGAGAUCCACAAUGCUUCGAUUCGCAGGCAACUAUCGUUUUAGAAAAUUUAAAAGAUCACAAUUAUAUGACGCAAGAUCGCAUUCUUGGUCUUGACAAAGUGCACAUGAAUUUUGCGAUCAGUCAUUUAGCUAAAAUGCACGCCAUAAUAAUCGGUCUAAAGUUGAAGAAACCCGAAGUUUUUGAAAAAGAGAUACUACCUGCUCUAGAAUACGCCGUAAAUGAAAAUGCAAAAGAUUGCGUGAAGGAAAUGAUAAAGAAAGCACACGACGAUUAUAAAAAUAUGAAAGAAGCAGAACCUUAUCUGGAAAAGAUCAAUAAGACGAUUGAAUAUGGAUUGCACACCACCGUAAUGCCAGAAGAACCCUGGGCGACGUUGGUGCAUAACGAUUUCUGGGUAAAUAAUAUGCUAUUCAAAUACGAUGAAUCGGGCAAACCAAUCAAUAUGAAAAUUGUGGACUUUCAAUUGACGAUCUAUGAUUACGGCGUAAACGAUCUCAUAUUUUUCCUCAUAUCGAGUUCCCGGAAAGAAGUACUGAAUAAUCAUCUCGACGACAUGAUCGACUUGUACUACAAUUCUUUCAUCGAAUGCUUAAAGUCUCUAAGUGUAGAUACAAAUAUGUUCCCCAAGAGUCAAUUUAUAGAACAAUUAAGUCAGUGCGCUCCUCUUAAAUUUAAACAAUGCGUUAUGAUGGUACAAGUGAUUCAAGCGGCACGUGGCUCCGUCACGGAAACGACCGAGACAGCGGAAAAGGACGUUUUCAAGGGCAGCGUUAAUGAUGAAAAUUACAAGCAGAAAAUGCUACACGUGUUAUAUAUAUUCGAUCGGAAGGGAUGGCUUGUGAGUAAUUAAGAAAUUUCAAAAACGAUAAAGAUUGAUACGUUAAAUAUCUCUAGAGAAUUGUCUUAUUUCCGUAUAAGAUAGCGCUACUGUAAACGUACCAAACUUUUCAUAUAGUUCAACAAGUUAAAACGCAAGUACAAUUUAAUACAAUAACAAAUUAGCAGAUUGUAAAGAUACACGGUCUCUCAUGUUUAUGUAAAUUUAUGUAAAUUUAUGUAUAUAUAAACACAUAACAAAAACUU